UUUGAGCUUUCCGUCUUUUCUCACAGAGACGGAAACGCAACCUCUGCGCUUCAAAUCUCCCCCGUUCCCUGAUAGAAAUUGCAGAGCAAAGCACAUCGUUCAUCGAUGGGUUCCGAUGCGGAUAUGGAGGAUUAUGGAUUCGAGUAUUCGGAGGAGGAACCCGAGGAGCAAGAUGUCGACAUUGAGAACCAGUACUAUAACUCGAAGGGUUUAGUGGAAACCGACCCUGAGGGAGCACUUUCAGGUUUUGCUGAAGUAGUUCGCAUGGAACCUGAAAAAGCAGAAUGGGGAUUCAAAGCUCUCAAGCAGACUGUGAAGCUUUACUAUAGGCUGGGCAGAUACAAUGAGAUGAUGGAAACCUACAGGGAGAUGUUGACAUACAUCAAAUCAGCUGUUACACGCAAUUACAGUGAAAAAUGUAUAAACAGCAUAAUGGAUUUUGUUUCUGGUUCGGCAAGCCAGAAUUUUGGGCUUCUGCAGGAUUUUUAUCAAACAACAUUGAAGGCCCUUGAAGAGGCAAAGAAUGAGAGAUUAUGGUUUAAGACCAAUCUUAAACUCUGCAAAAUUAUGUUUGACAAGGCAGAUUAUGGUAGAAUGAGUAAGAUAUUAAAAGAACUACACAAGUCUUGUCGAAGAGAAGAUGGUACUGAUGAUCAAAAGAAAGGCACACAGCUUUUGGAGGUGUAUGCUAUUGAAAUUCAGAUGUACACUCAAACGAAGAACAAUAAAAAACUUAAGCAACUGUACCAGAAUGCACUCUCAAUAAAAUCAGCAAUACCCCAUCCUCGAAUCAUGGGUAUAAUUCAUGAAUGUGGUGGGAAAAUGCAUAUGGCAGAACGACAGUGGGCUGAAGCAGCCACUGAUUUCUUUGAAGCAUUUAAGAACUAUGAUGAAGCGGGGAAUCCACGACGAAUUCAAUGUCUCAAAUAUUUGGUUCUGGCAAACAUGCUCAUGGAAUCUGUGGUUAAUCCUUUUGAUGGGCAAGAGGCAAAGCCUUAUAAGAAUGAUCCUGAAAUCCUGGCCAUGACAAAUCUGAUAGCAGCAUACCAACGAAAUGAUAUUUUGGAGUUUGAAAUGAUUUUAAAGAGUAACAGAAGAACAAUUAUGGAUGAUUCUUUUAUACGCAACUAUAUUGAAGAUCUCUUGAAGAACAUCAGAACCCAAGUUUUGCUCAAGCUCAUAAAGCCAUAUACAAGAAUCCGGAUUCCUUUCAUUUCUAAGGAGCUUAAUGUGCCAGAGAAAGAUGUUGAGCAGCUCUUGGUUUCUCUAAUAUUGGAUAACCGUAUUCAUGGUCAUAUUGAUCAAGUCAACAGGCUCUUGGAGCGCGGUGAUAGUUCAAAGGGAAUGAAGAAAUAUGCUGCCAUUGAUAAAUGGAACACUCAGCUAAGUACUCUUUACCAAACCAUUACCAACAGAGUUGGCUGAGUUGGGAAUCGGUAAUAAACAAAGACCUUGUCUUGUGCACUUGUACUUCCAGUAAUUGCCAUCUUUUUUCCUAGGAAAACAAUAUCAGAGAUGGUGCUGAUGAGGGAGAUUUCAUUAGAGGAGAGUGGUAUCUUCAUUUGUAACUGGGGUUUCGGAAUUUUCCUUUGCAUUGUUAGUUGUUAAGUUCUACUUCCAUGCAAAGAGCAAGUGGUCAUAUCAGGAAGGUUUCUUGUGUGCUUUAAAUAGAAAUUAUCUGUCUGUUAGAGAUCUCAGUUUCAUAUCUUUACAUCCAGUGACUAUUGAAUCAUAGCAAUGGUUUAUCAAGACAGUUAACUUUGUGAUAUAAACAUACAUUCAUUUUGCCAUAUAUUUUUCUAUUAGAAUUGCAUAUCCAAUGGGUUA